UUUUGUGUGUUGCAGUGUGUGAACGCGUCUCUCCACUUAAACAGCUAAAGCAGAACCGAAACCAUGAGAAAGACUAAAAUUAUUCUAAAGUUUUUAAACUUUUCUGGAUUUUUAUCCUCAGUGUGCGGUGUGUUGGUUUAUGUGGUGUUUAUUCAGGCCGCUCACGCUAACGUUACUCCUUCACCUGCUCCUCUUACUCACCCAUGCAGUACUUUGACCAGCUGUGACUCCUGUCUGAAAAAUGUCUCGUGUUUGUGGUGUUACACUAAUGACACCUGUACAGUUUAUCCCGUGUCUCACCUGCUCCCUCCUGCCUCAGUGUGUCCACUGUCCCGGGCCCGCUGGGGGGUGUGCUCAGUGAACUUCGAGGCUUUGAUCAUCGCGAUGGCCGUGUUAGUGGGUGUGGUGUUGCUGGCCAUCACCGUGUGCUGCUGCUGCUGCUGUCGCCGCUGUGGACGAUCAUCACGGCCAGAUCGUAUAGAGGAGGAGAUUGCUCGGAAGAGAGAAAAAGACAGACAGCUUUCAGAUAAUCGGAGGGCUGAGCGCAGGGCAAGACAUGAUGAGAUCCGCAAGAAGUACGGUUUGGUGUCAGACUCUGAUCACCCGUACAGCAAGUUUGAGAAUGAGUGAGGCGGGAGUGAGACAGGAGUGCCAUCCAGCCGAUGCUCUUUGACUUUUCUUCAUCAUAAUUAAACAAAGAAUCAGAUUAACCAUGUCUGUUUAAACUGCAAUGUAAUGCAUGUGUGUGUGGGCAUGCAUCAAUGCGUGUGUGUGUAUGUGUGUUUGCGCGCGUCUGUGCAUUCGUGCGCAUGCGUAUGUGUCCAUGCGCGUGUGUUUGUGUGCGUGUCCGUGUGUGUGUCCGUGCGUGCGUGUGCGCGCAUAUAGUUUUAAACCCCGCUGUGCUACUCUGUGCUCUUAUUAAAUAUUUCCUAAUAAAUUGAAAUUCUACUUUUA